AUGGCCAGGAGAGGUAAGAAGCCGGUGGUGCGAACGCUGGAGGAUCUGACGCUGGACUCGGGUUAUGGUGGCGCGGCGGACUCGGUGCGCUCCUCCAACUUGUCUCUGUGCUGUUCCGACUCGCACCCAGCGUCCCCGUAUGGCGGGAGCUGCUGGCCGCCUCUAGCUGACUCCAUGCACAGCCGGCACAACAGCUUUGACACCGUCAACACUGCCCUGGUGGAAGACUCCGAGGGGCUGGACUGCGCCGGCCAGCACUGCUCGCGGCUGCUGCCGGACCUCGACGAGGUCCCCUGGACCCUCCAGGAGCUGGAGGUGCUGCUGUUGCGCUCGCGGGAUCCCCGGGCAGGCCCGGCGGCCCCCGGCGGCCUGCCCAAGGACGCGCUGGCCAAGCUGUCGACGCUGGUGAGCCGGGCGCUGGUGCGCAUCGCCAAAGAGGCGCAGCGCCUGAGCCUGCGCUUCGCCAAGUGCACCAAGUACGAGAUCCAGAGCGCCAUGGAGAUCGUGCUGUCCUGGGGCCUGGCGGCACACUGCACGGCGGCCGCACUGGCCGCGCUGUCCCUCUAUAACAUGAGCAGCGCCGGCGGCGACCGUCUGGGCCGCGGCAAGUCCGCGCGCUGCGGCCUCAUCUUUUCCGUGGGCCGAGUGUACCGCUGGAUGGUGGACAGCCGCGUGGCGCUGCGCAUCCACGAGCACGCCGCCAUCUACCUGACGGCCUGCAUGGAGAGCCUCUUCCGGGACAUCUACGCGCGGGUCGUGGCCUCCCGGCUGCCCUGGAGCUGCAGCGGCCCCGGCCCGGGCUCCAGCUCCCGCUUCGGCUCUUGCCCCAGCGCGGGCCCCGCGGCGGGGAAGGAGGGGGGAUUUGCAGCCGCCGCGGCCGCUGCUGCGCUUCAGUGCAGGGUGGGCAGGCGCCGACCGAGCAGCCGGCUGCCCGCGGAGCUGCUGCUGCGGCGGCGGCUGGGGCUGUCUCCGUCCUGCGGACGAGGAGACGGCGCCCGGAGGCUUCUGCGCCUAGCUGGGCCCAGGGAGGAGCGGCGGCGAAGGCUCAGGGAGGCAGCCGAAAGUAGUAACACUUGGUAG